GUGGAAUGUUAACCAGAAACCAAAAAAAGAACGGGGAUUGGAAAAAGAGUAGCUUUCAUGAUUACUUAACAUAACAGGCUGCGAAUAUGAUCACGCUGUAAACCACGUUUUUGAUGUUAAUAUAGUUUUGUUUUUUAAUAUAUGCAUUUAAACAAUGUGUUGUUAUUCCGACAGUUGUCCUAUGAUGUCCGAAUUUUGGAUUUUAUUUUUUUACAUUUGUUUUUCGUCAGAAAGGGUUCAACAAUAUUCUGAAACGUGUUCUGUUUUUUUUUCCUGUUAACUUUGUGGGCGUUAGAAUGUUAUGGGAGUUUAAGCUGUAUUUUCACCUUAAGAAACGUGGGCGUCUCCGUUCUCUUUAACCAAUGAGUGCCUUUCUCUGUUUAAAUAGCUUUCGCUGUCAAUCACUUUUUUCCGAAGUCAGCCUCCCUUCAAUCGCCAUAUUGGGUACUGAAAAGGCUCGUCUGUUUUUUUCUGCACUCUUACUACAAGACCGAAUUGACAGGAGUGGCAUUCGCAGCGCACUUUGUUUUGAUGAUCGCUGGAGAUUGCUUUAACUCGCACUGUCGUAUCGACUCGUGUAUUGUUACAAUUCAGCUUUACGCGUGGCAUGCCUGCGUUUGCGUGUAUCGCAGUCGGUUUUCGCCCGUUUUGGAUCGCACUAAGUAGGUGGAAAUACGCAUUUUAAUCGUUUGUUUUGUUGUUUUUUCGCAUGCAGAAAAUGUCAGAUGUUCGUAUUUCAAAUGGGAGUCCACCUGUGGAAAGACCGGAUGGCAGGCUGUUGGAUCCCGCAAAGCCUCCAGCUUGCAGAAACCUCUUCGGGACGUGCAAAGAAGAGUCAACGAAGGAUUUAAAUGGACAUUUGCGAGAGAUGGAAGAGGAGAUGUCCGCCAAGUACAAUUUUGAUUUUACCAAAGACAAGCCGCUCCAGCCCGGCAGAUACAAGUGGCAGCUCGUUGAUAGUAAAGAUGUACCUGAGUUUUACAGCAGACAGCAAGGGGCACCGAAGGGCAUUUGUCUUUCUGGGAAUAACAAUGUGGAUCUUAACGGGAAUCAUAAUUGUCUUCUGGUGACUCCCUGUCAGAGCAACGAAGACAGGUUUACCGAGGAGAAAACGGAGAAGUCUGAAAGUGCAGUGGAUUGUAAAGACCAACGCAGCGGGAAGAGAAAAAGACCAGCAAAUCAUGACUCGUCCCCUCAAAAUAAAAGGGCUCGCACCAGUUCGGAUGAAGUUACUCGUACCCCAGCUCUGGCACGCUCGGUAGAACACACACCCAGGAAAACCAGUCCCAAGACUCAGACACGAAACGUGUAAAAGAUGUAAUUCCCCUUUUCAUCGAACUCUUCAGUCCUGGCUGACGGAAAGAGGAACUACAUUUAAUGAAAAUACAUAUCGCUUCUCCCACGGAUGGGGACGCUGUACAAGCACUGAAUAUAAACACUAAAGUUAUGGCACUCGAUUUAAUGGAAAAUAAAAUAAAAGCAAACUGCCUCUAAAAGCAGUCGAUGUAGCAGUGUGCAAUUAGGGUGUUUCCUUUUUUGCUCAAUGUAUAUUUACUACCUGUGUACAUAGUUCCUCCUCAUAUGUAGCACAUAAAAAUUAAGAAAUUCCUUUAUAUAAAACGGUGUGAAUUUGAUUUGACUUGAAGAAUUGCAAAUAGUUUUGUAAAUGUUUUUUUUUUCUUUUCAAAAUGCUGUCAUUUUUUGAAGGUGGUGUGUGUUUUUUCUAAAGGCAAUCUGCAUAAAGAACACUUACAAAUUUGUUAAUCAGGGUUUUGACAGUUCCCGAAUAUUGCGUAUUCACUUGGUCACUGUUAUGUGUCUUCACUAUGUCCAAGUGAAUCGCUGUACAUUUUUUCUUUAUUUUCCUUUGAAAAGCAGCUCAUGAUUCAGUAAAACUACAGGUUUGCCUCAAAAUCCAACACAAGGCCCAAGAAAUGGAUUUGUGUUGUAUUGAGAAGUAAUGUCAGGACGUCUUCACUAUGUAUGGAGAAAUAUGUCUGAUAACCACAGCAUUAGUCCAUUUUUCAUAUUCACUUGAUUCAAAAUGCCUAUAUAUAUAUAUAUAUAUAUAUAUAUAUAUAUUUGUUCUCUAGAGAGCUCUGCCUGAAAUAUUCAGGAGUUGAAUAAUUGAAGUUAAUGUGUGAGGUCAAAAUUUACAGUAUUAAUUUUACACCAGCCACUGGCUAAUACACCGAAGUGUCCUGCUCGUGUUAUUUAAACUUUUUUUGUUGUUGUAAAUUUAGACCUUUUGAUUUUGGUGAAAUGUCCUACUGAUUCAAUACAUUGUAAAAUCAUUUUGUAAUAUAAACAAAUAAUUUUUCCCCUCAAUGUGCCAGGUCAUGUGUAUUCAGUGUUGUGCAGUUCAAUAUAAGAGCGGUAAAUAUGGUUAAGACAAAGGUUUUCUCGGUCCAGGGCUGACUGCACAUUCCAUAAAAAAAUGUAUGAAUCCUGAAUAUGGCUCAACCUGUUGGCACUGUCUCCAUUCGAAAAGGAAAGUGUCAUGUUUCAAAAAGGAAGUUACACUGCCUGUGUAUUUGUGUAAAACUUUGAAGUGUACCUGUGUACAUAACGUUGUAAAAACACUGAGAAAUUAUACUAACUUAUUUAUGUCAAGCUUUUUCUUUCUUCUUUUUUUUUUUUUUAGAUAAAUGGGUUUUUUGUUUAUGGUUAUUCCAAAGUGGCAUUGUGCAUUUUUUAUAAGCGCUUUUUUGUAGUUUCUCAAUGUUUUUUUUUUUUUUAAUCAUGUAAGAUUGCAGACUGAGCCUCAAAAUAUUUGACUUGUGCAUUUUGUAAUGUGUGUUUAAAAAAAAUGUUGCAAUCAAUUAAAAAAAGAUGAAAUUGAA